CUUUAGAUGUCUAAACAGCUCCACAAGCGCAAGGCAUACCGUGAAAGAAUCGAGUAAAGUACCUUCGCUGCCAGUUAUUGGCCUUGAUCGCGUGACUUUGAUUUCUACUCACGCGUGAUUACUUCCGCUUUUGGUGCAUUCGUGCGUGAAUACUGAGAAGUUGUGGUACGCUUCUAAAAAGUAAGAAUUAAACUUAUAUCUUCUGAACGGAUGCCAUGUCUCAGCCAGCACAUCCAAGUUCCACCGGUGAUAAUAAUCGUAAGCCAGUGAAAUGUAGCUCUUCAGACUGUUGGUGCCUUCUCCAGAAAUUAAGAUCGGACUGUCCUUUGGUUCAGUGUAUCACAAAUUAUGUGUCGAUGGACAUCAUGGCAAAUACUCUCCUUGCGAUCGGAGCGUCCCCUGCCAUGGUACACGGUGGGUUGAACAUUUUAAUGUUAACUAAUGAAGGAAACUUAGAGAAGUUUAUGACGUCAACGACAAUUUUUUAGGAGCGGAGAGUCAGAGGCUAUGUUGUGGAACACGAUAUUCUCGUAGAGAAGAGCAUUAUAUCUACAGACACAAAAACAAAAUUUUCUCUCCCGACAAUCUUUUUCAGGACUUGUGCAAGCGGAAAAAGUAAACAGGGAAGGAGGGUUGAGGUCGCUUUUUACAACUCUGUAUCUUGACUUCAGAACAACUUCUGGAUUCUAAAUUUUAACUUUUUUAUACGAGAAUGACUCCGUAGAUACGUACCUGGGCUCAGAUCUUUGGAGAUAUCAACUGAAAACAUAGAAUUGCCGGAAAAAUAACAAAUUACGCAAUUAUAAAAAAAUAUGAUAAAUUUUCCGAACAGACUAACAUAAAAACUUUCAUUAUUCAGCUGAAGAAGAAGUGGAAGAAUUUGUCACCUUGGCCUCUGCACUGCUGAUAAAUAUUGGAACUCUUUCUACACCUUGGAUCAGGUCAAUGCACAAGGCUGCAGCAAAAGCUCAGGAAUUGGGGAAGCCAUGGGUGUUAGACCCUGUGGGCGCAGGUGCCACCAGCUUACGGACAAACACUGCAACAGACUUGGUUGUUUCUUAUAAGCCCACUGUGAUACGAGGCAAUCCCUCUGAGAUAAUGGCUCUUGCCAAAAGUAUUUGCAAAGGACUUGAUCUUCAGCCGUCAGGUAUGGUAAUGAUGUAAAUUGCUUUUGAUCACUGCAAAUUGCAAUUCUAGAAUUUUCAUCAAUUUAGCUGUCAAUCGUCAUGGAGCUAACCAUUGUGCCACACCCCCCAACCCCACCCAGGAGACAGUGGUUUAAUGAUAAGUGUGAUGGUUUCUGGAUUAUAUGGUCAUUGUGGUAGGACAGGUCAUUGUGUGUUCUUGAACAGUCAUAACAGGAAAAUCUGACCAAAGGCUUGCUGCAAACUGUAAUGAAGAAAGCACAACUUUCCAAAUUGGUUACAAAGUAGGCUUCAGCUGCUUUGACUCAGUCUUGUGUAAAGAAUUUACCAUUCACCAAACUUGGGGUCAUGUUUACACCAAUAGUCAAAUUUUUUAUUGUUAGCAGACAUGAAGGUUGAUAUUGGGGUUAACCCUUCAACCUCCAAGAGUGAUUAGCAUCUAAUAUCUCCUUACAAUAUCACCCUGAUUCAAACAUUAAGGUCAUGAGAAUAAAGGAAAUGAUCAACAAGUAAGAAAGCUCUUAAUUGUUUGACAAGCACCAUUGAAAUUGUAUAGAGAACAGCCUGGAGAACCAGGAUACUAAUGUUAGGUUUGAGGAUUCAUGGAAGAGGGGUUUAAAAUUAGUGAUAAUGGUGAUCACAUCCUGUUUAGAUGGAGCUCAAAAAGGAGUUGACAGUUCUCAGAGUUCAGACCAUGCCCUUGGGCCUGCCAAGGCCUUGGCCAAGGAGUGCUGCUGUGUUGUUGUAGUGACAGGAGAACACAACUUUGUGACAGAUGGCUCUAGUGUGAUCGCUGUAUCAAAUGGUCAUCCAAUCCUUAAAAAGAUAACUGCAGCUGGAUGCACUUUGACAGCUGUGCUGGCAGCAUUUGUUUCUCUGGGGGAUCCCACAGAUGUAACACAUGUGAUCAAAAGUUGUGCUUGUGCACUGAGUAUCUUUGAAAUUGCAGCAGAGCUAGCUGUUGAAGAUCCAAUAGCUAAGGGGCCUGGUAGUGUCAGAAUGCUUAUGCUAGAUACCUAUGGCAGAUUUAAUGCACAAACCUUGUUGGAAAGGGCAAAAAUUUCCUUUCCUUCCUAAAUUUCCUAAUUUCCUCUACACACCGCCAAGAUCAUAUUUGUAAAUUCUUGUUUAUAGUGGCAGUGGAAGUCCUUGUAAAUUAGUUACAGGAAUUUAGUAAGGGAAAAGUGUCAAAAGAAUUUGAACAUCAGACUAAUUAAAAUUAGCCAAGAGCAUUUUGACCACCAGUUCUGAGCCAGUUAUCCAUCAAUUGUAAUCUCUUCAAACAAAUAAGUUCACAAAUAGUUUAGUAUGUCUAUUGAGUUAACCUAGGAUAUUUGCAAAUUUAUUUUAAAUUAAUAUUUAAUAAUAUUUCACAUACCAUUUAGAAUAAGAAAAAUUGCUUAUGUACCUUAAAAUACUGACCCUGCUUACAUAAUUGGGAUACCCAACAAAAUGGACAUAUCUUACUCUGCUAGUAUACCAUGCAUGACUUUAUUACUUACCUCAAUGCCUCACAAAUGUAAACUUUAUUUUAAUUCUGGUACAUGAUAUAUGCUGAAAUAACUUUUACAUUACAAAAUACAGUAGAGACUGGAUAACUUGAUCUGCCAUCAGAAACAAAAAACGGUUGAAAUCCCAUCUUGUUCGAGUUACUAAGAGGUUUGAGUUCACUGAGUUUGAAUUGGUGAGGUUCUCCUAUAUCAGGAUGACACGGUUUUCUCUUGGAACACGUCAGGCCAGUAUUUCUACCUAUCAUUUGUUUUUGAGAUGCCAGCCACUAAAAGUAGACAAAGCAGAAAAAAAAAAUGGUUGAAAUCGCAUCUUGUUCAAGUUACUGGGAAGUUUGAGUUCACUUAGUUUGAAUUAGUGAGGUUCUCCUAUAACAAGAUGACACUGUGUUCUUUAGGAACACGUCAGGCCAGUAUUUCUACCUAUCAUUUGUUUCUGAGAUGCCAGCCACUAAAAGUAGACAAAGCAGUUGUCAAAUAGCAG